UGGCGUCCAACAAGGGCUUCCUCCUCUGCUUCCUCUUCGUGUUCUCUCUGUGGGCUUCCAUGGGGGUCUCCGAUGGCGACGCCGACGUCGGCGUGCCUCCGUGCGUGAGGAAACUACUGCCUUGCCUGGACUACCUGCGGUCCCAGGAGAAGCCGCCCGCCGCCUGCUGCGUCCCCCUGGGGAGCGCGUUGGAUGAGGAAAUCGAAUGCCUCUGCAAACUCUUCUUCGACGACCAUCUCCUCGAGUCGCUCAACAUCUCGCAGUCCCAAAUCCUGGGGUUUCCCCCGCGCUGCGGAUUGAAGGCGCCGGACGUUACUAAGUGCAAGUUCUCUUCAGAUGCUCCAAAACCAAGUCCCAUCCCACCUCAUGCUUCAUCGCCUCCAACCUCAACUCCUAAAGCACCAUCUUCAAGCAGUGCAGCCAUAGGAAUCAACAUAACGAGUGUAUUAGCUUUAAUUAUCAUUUGGGUGUUUUCUGUAACAAGUCCUUUUUAGGACUUACAUUUCUC